AUGCAUUACUUUCGCACGAGCGAGAAGCUGUCGGCGCACAGCGAGGAUUGCGGUAAGCUGAACGAUUGCGCGAUCGUUCUUCCCGGCGAGGACGACAGGUGGCUGGAAUUCGAUCAUCAUUCGAGAAAGGAGCGAAUUCCGUUCGCGGUGUACGCCGAUCUGGAGUGCGCGUUGGAGAGGAAGGAAGGGGACGAGGGCGGGAGAACCAAGAAUACGAGAAUCGUUCAGCAUCACAGAGUUCACAGCGUGGCCUAUUACACGCAUUGCUCCUUCGAUGAUGCCGCGUCGGCGUACGGAUCUUAUCGCGGCGAGGAUUGCGUCGCGUGGUUCGUGCGCGAGCUGCGCGAUCUGGCGCUUCGCGCGAAGGUCGCCCUCGACGCCGUGGAUGUGGCUAACGCGUAUCCCGACAGCAUCGAGUUGUUGCCGGUGACGAAGGAAUCGUACAUAGCUUUCUCGAAGACCGUUCGAGAUACCGCGGCGGCGGCGGAGGGAGACGGGGGAAAUGCCGCGCGUUCCAGAUACGUCAAAUUACGAUUCGUGGACUCGUUCAAGUUUUUAGGCGCCGGUCUCGAUAAGCUGGCGUCGUAUCUCGACGAGAACAAACUGACGAUCACGCGAGGCGAGUUUCGCGAUCUCUCGGACGACGACUUCCGGCUUCUCACGCGCAAGGGCGUGUUUCCGUACGAGUACGUCGACAGCGUCGAGAGAUUGCGGGAGACGCGUCUCCUGCCGCGCGAGUCCUUCUACAGUUCUCUGACCGGCGACACCGUAUCGGAGAGCGAUUACGCGCACGCGACGCGCGUCUGGAAGCGAUUUAGCGUCGAAAUCCUGGGCGAGUAUAGCGAUCUCUAUCUGAAGACCGACGUUCUUCUGCUCGCGGACGUGUUCGAAAAUUUUCGCGCCGCUUGUUUGGAGAGUUACGGUUUAGAUCCCGCGUACUACUUCACGCUGCCGGGAUACACGUGGGACACGAUGCUUAAGUACACGGGAUACACGGGGGUCCGUUUCGAGCUGCUCACCGAUAUCGAUAUGAUGAUGUUCGUGGAACGCGGAAUACGCGGCGGUCUGAGUCAGUGCUCCAACAGAUACGCUCGCGCUAACAACAAGUACAUGAGCGCGUACAAUCUGUCGCGACCGUCGAUCUAUCUGAUGUAUCUCGAUAUCAACAAUCUGUACGGUUGGGCGAUGUGUCAGCCGUUGCCGUACGAGCGAUUCGAGUGGGUCGACGAUCUCGAGAGACUCGACGUGAUGUCCGUGCCGGAGGACUCGACCGUUGGCUACAUUCUCGAGGUCGAUCUCGACUAUCCGGCCGACGCGCACGACGCCCACGCCGAUCUACCGUUUUGUCCCACGCGCGAUAAGCCGCCAGGGAAGCGGCAGAGCAAACUCCUAGCCACGCUGUACGAUAAGCGCCGAUACGUCACGUACUAUCGCAAUCUGCAGCAGUGCGUUCGUCUGGUCUGCGUACGACCAUGGAGAACAUGCGCAAUCGCGUGGACGUUCGACUCGCGACUCGAUGGGACGGGCGAUUCGGAGCCGAGACGCUCCAAGCCGAAUUUUCACAGUAGAAGCGUAUUCUCGGAGAAUCUCAUGGCCGUGGAAUUGCGCAAAUUGGAGGCGAAGAUCGACAAACCGAUCUACGUAGGCAUGUUGAUUCUCGAUAUAUCCAAGAUUCGUCUCAUAGAGUGCGAGGACGCGUACGAGCGAAUGAAGCGCGACAUCGAUAGAUUCGACACGAGCGAUUACGCCGUCGACAAUCCAUACGGCGUGCCGCGCGCGAAUAAGAAGGUUCUCGGUCUGAUGAAGGACGAGAACAACGGCGCUCUCAUGCUCGAGUUCGUCGGACUCAGAGCGAAGAUGUACGCGUUGCGAGUCGAGGGUAGGGGCGACACUAAGAAGAGCAAGGGCGUGAGGAGCAGCGUCGUCGCGAGAACACUGACGUUCGAUGAUUACGAACGCUGUCUGAGACGCGAGAUCGAGAUGACUCGCGAGCAGUCGUGCCUGAGAUCCAAGUUACACGAGGUGUACACCGUGCGCGAGUCGAAGGUCGCGCUCAGUCCGUACGACGAUAAGCGCUACGUCGUGCCGGAUUCGACCGACACUCUGCCGUGGGGGCACUACAGGAUACCUCUGUGAGGAGAGCCACGGAUAGAUCUUAAGCGCUAUGCGACGUAUUUUUAUAGA